AUGUGUUCGUCUUUCAAUUUCCCUCAUCCGACUACUACAACCGAUGAUCUCGAGAACCUUUAUCAUAUGUAUGGGUUUGACCGUUCCGUCGUCCUCGACUUGGUCGGCACGCAUGAGACUCCUGAAACCAUAAGAGAAGGCUACUACGGAGCCUAUCUUUCCUUCUUUCAUUCCUGCGGUCUUACCUUCCUGAUUCCGGAGCCAAUACUCGAGGUCCUGGCGGAGCUAGGGUUAUCGCUUACACAGCUUCUCCCAAAUUUUCUUCGACAUCUUGUCGCCUUCUUGGUUAAGGCUAUGGAGGAGGGUCUUGCGUUUGGUCUUAGCGAGUUUCGUCAGCUCGUUCUGGUUAAGCGGAAUAAGCAGAACCCUUGUACUUUCCUCGUGUCUCCGCGCUCAGGUUGCCACAUCAUCGAGGACAUCCCUUAUCGCGACGAGAAGUGGCGCGAGCAAUUUUUUGUUUUCAAGAUGGAUCGAGCGUCUAUGGGUGACUUUGACUUCUCACAGCUUCCCCGACGUUGGGCCGAGAAUAUCGUUCCUUAUGGAAGCUCUUCAAUGUCAGACAAGAUCCCCGAUCUGAUGAGGGUCCUUCGGAGAGGUCGUUCGAACUGGGGCCGAGCUUCCGAAAAAUCUCCCUUGAUCUCGAUUCAUGAUUCCGACGACGAAGAUGUUUCAGGAGAUACUCGACCUCCUGUCUCGUUGAGUCCUGGCUCAGAAGACGAGACUGUGGCGGCGACUCGUAAGCAACGUCGGUCAUCGGAAGGUGCCUUGCCCGGUCCGUCUCGUCCUAGGUUUGUUUCUAAGGGAGAUGGUUCUUCAUUUGCGGCCCAAAGCGACUUAAUUUCCCUCGCUGGUCGCAUGAGGUCUGCGGGUUGUUGUCUCCCAUCUCUCUCUUCCUCAGUCGAGAGGGAAGCCUACGCCAAGGUUGCUGUGGCGAGCUUUAAGGUGAUGGAAGCUUUUAAUGAGUAUGUCAUGACGAUGGAGGAUCAUGUCGUGGCUUCUCGGAAAGACAAGGAAAUCGAGAGUAUUGGUUUUGAGAUCAAGAGGCUUUCGAAGGAGCUCGAAGCCACCAAGCGAGAAGGGAAGAAGGAUGCCGAAAAGAUCAAAGCUUUGACUGAAAACUGGUGGAGAGUUCAUCUGGAGAACAAGACUCUCACGUCCCAGAUGGUUGCUCAAAGGGCAAGAAUUGCGGCGCUCGAGGUCGAGAGAGAUCGGGACAUUCGCCGCGCUUCUCGUAUUGCUCGUCGCGAUAUCGCGGCAAAGUAUCGGGAAGUUCUUGAGUCUUUGAAUGAUAAGUGGGCGAGCAAGAAGAAGGAAGUGUCUGCUGAGAUCCGGCUACAAGAAGUGACCGCCAACAUCGAUCUCCUAAACGAGCUCAAGGAUGGGGGCCUGACUGUGGAUGCGGAGCUUGCACGAUUAAAGGGAAUGGAAGGAGACUGCGAGGAUCUUGUCGCCCUAGCCGCCGUGCCGGAUUUGUCGAUCUCCGAGCUUGAUCUUCCUCAAGUCUCAGAUGAUUCGGUGGAUCAAGUCGGGGGGUCGUCUGUCCCCGAUGAUUUCGUUUCUAGUUAG